CGCGGCCGUUGGGCCCCGUGCGGGGCGGGGCGCGAGGCGGUCGGUGUCUGUCCGCCCGCCCGCCCCCAGCGGCCGGAGGGGCCGCGCCGGGCGCGAUGGAGAGCCGGGCGGUCGCACCGGGGCCCUACCGCGCUACCAAGCUGUGGAAUGAAAUUACAAAAUAUUUCCGAGCAGGCAUGCCGUUAAGGAAACACAGGCAACAUUUCAAAAAACAUGGAAGCUGUUUUACGGCAUCAGAAGCUGUAGACUGGCUCCAUGAAGUGUUAAGGACUAACAGUAACUUUGGUCCUGAAGUUACCAGGCAGCAGACUGUUCAGUUAUUAAGAAAAUUUCUCAAGAAUCAUGUAAUUGAAGAUAUAAAAGGGAGGUGGGGAUCUGAAAAUUUAGAAGACAACGGUACACUAUACAGGUUUCCUUCAACAUCUCCAGUUAAACCUCUACCAAAAUUAUGUCCACCAAAAGAGAACUUGGAAAACUUCUCUAGAGACAAAGAAAGACUUCUUAAACUGCCACAUUUAUCCAGGAGAACUUUUAAAAAACAUGAGUUACUACAGUCUCUGGAAAAUUUAGAAAAAACAAAACCUGAUAUAAUAGAAGAAAACAAGGAAGACACCCUGCAUAGGAAGGAAAUAAGCCAGGAAUAUGUGCAAGAAACUUGGAGAAAUAUUAUUCUAAUACAUUUGCAAACCAUUUUAGGCCUCCCAUCUUUGGAAGAAGUUUUGCAACCAACACAGAUAGUUCCUGAGUAUGUCAUAUACAACAUGACGAACACAAGCAAACAUGGUGUUGUUAUUUUGCAGAACAAAUCAGAAGACCUACCUCACUGGGUGUUGUCAGCUAUGAAAUGCCUCGCAUACUGGCCUAGAAAUAACGACAUGAGCCAACCAACUUACAAUGGGUUUGAACGAGAUGUAUUCAGAACGGUUGCUGAUUACUUUCUCAAUCUCCCUGAACCAUUACUUACUUUUGAAUACUAUGAACUUUUUGUUAAUAUUUUAGUUAUGUGUGGUUACAUCACAAUUCCAGAUAUAUGCAGUGGAAAAUAUUCUGUCCAAGAUGAGAAAUGUGACCCACAACCUUCAAAAAUUCUUCACUUGAACUCUUUCAAGUCAACUGAAUGUCUUCUCCUAAGCCUACUUCACAAAGAGCCUGAGAAAAAAAAGAAAGAAUAUGAAGCUUCCAGGAAGCCUUCAGAAGAGCUAACCAUUCAAAAACAAUAUACAAAGAAAUUGCAGCAAUGUAAACUGCCAUGUAAACAAGGCCGUGCUGAUAAUCUAAUAGGAGGAAGCUGCCAAAAUCUUUCAGGUUUCAGGAAUGAACAAGAUCGACCUUUAAAAUUUAGGACAAAAUGUUACUCUCUGGAAAGAAUUGGAGAUACUGCCUCAAGUGCAUGCAAUAAAGGAGAAUCUGAUGCCCUCAGGCAAAGGGAUGUGAACACCAUCCUGGGUACAAGAAAUGGAAAACAGUCACUGCCAUGUGAGCAUAAAGCUAAUUCUGUAUUGGAGCUUGGUUUUGAUAACGCAUGUCAAAAACAAACACAUGGUAUCAAGAGAGUGUCUGCCUCAACUCUUCAGACUAAAGAGCUGUUUGAUGAAAAUCGUGGGUCAAAGCAAAUAUGCAGGUCUCUGAGUUUACUUGGCAAGAAGAACUUCAAAAGUUGUGCUAGCAUUAAUAUACCAGCUGCUGAAAUCACAGUAAAGCCAAGGUCUCAGCUGUGUGGGCAAGGAAAACCAAAUAUCUCUGAUGUGGCUACUUCAGUGAACAUCAGGACUGAGGUUUCUGAUAUCACCGUCAAAAAGAGACUCUGCAAAAGUACCAUAGAACUCUCAGAAUACUCUCUCACUCACUCUUCUUAUAUGUUGACUGGCACGCAAAAUCUCCUUCAGCCUCAUUUAGAAAGAGUUGCUGUUGAAGCACUACAGAUAUGUUGUUUGUUGCUUCCACCACCAAAUCGUAGAAAGAUUCAGCUUCUAAUGCGUAUGAUCUCUCGGAUCAGUGAAAAUGUUGAUAUGCCACGACUGCAUGAUGCGAUGGGCACACGUUCUUUGAUGAUACAGACUUUUUCUCGAUGCGUGUUAUGCUGUGCAGAAGAAGUAGAUCUUGAUGAGCUACUUUCUACACGAUUAGUUUCAUUUCUAAUGGACCAUCAACAAGAAAUAUUUAAAGUCCCUACUUACCUGCAGGUUGCAGUGCGAGACCACAUAGAAUACAUGACGAUGGCUCAGUGCAAAUAUCCGAAGGAAGAAAUCUGUGCCAUAUUGCCAACAUAUUCAUACUGCAAACAAAUAACUCCUGAGGAGUUUGAAGAACAAAAGGUUUCUACCUCUCAAGCUGCAGUGGCAGAGCUCUUAGAGAACAUUAUCAAAGAUAAAAGCUUGUCUGUGAAAGACAAAAAGAAAAAGUUAAAACAGUUUCAGAAGGAAUACCCUCUCAUCUACCAGAACAGAUUUCCAACUACAGAAAAUGAAGCAAUGCUAUUUGAGAACAAACCUACCAUCAAACAACCGAUGCUUAGCCUAAGAAAACCAAGAUUUCCUAGUCUAAGAUACUGAUUUUGCCACGUCAGCAGCUUUUUUUUUAUUGGAUGGAUGGAUGUAUGAAUGAUUUACCAAAGGGCACUUGCUACAGAAAUUUGGUGGCUCUGUGUGUAGAAGGAAGACAUGUUUACAUGGACACUAUGUUGAAAGGUGCCAGAAUAACUUUUUUGUGCAGAUAACUUUUGAAUGACUGCUGAGAGAAAUAAAUAUUUAUCUGUUUACAAAUUAUUGCAUUAUAUUGUGCUCAAUAAAAUAAAUGUGAAAAUAAGCAUGAAGCUAUUGGUAACCAAAAAUUUCUAUAUGCUUUUUAUAUGGGAAACUAAUGACAUGUGUAUUGUUUUUUAAAGUCUGUUCAGGAGUUUGUGCCUUUUAUUGUAGUUUGUGUAGGUUUUUAAAUAUCUAUAUGUUGUGAAUAAGUGCCUUUCUUGUAUAUCAAAAUAUUUGUCUUUAAACAAAACAAUGUUCUUUGAGUUUGGGACUAAUUUAAAAGUUGGUUCUGUUGUUUCCAAGGGAGCCAGAAUUUCACCAUAAAUAAUUAUCUGACUCCAUAAAAUACUUCUGUUCAUCUAAUCUGUAGAAUUCACAUAAGCUCUUGUAUAUUUACGUAUAUGAAAAGUCUCAGGUAUAUUUCUGACAUCUUCAUGGAAAACUUAUUUUGAAUCUAUCACAUGAAGUAACAACAAAUAGAAUCAGAAUGCACUAAAUUUCCCUAUUUUGUUUCCAGAGUUAGGGGUUUGUUUGUUAAUUCUGAUGGGGCCAAGGCUCUCCCACAAGGGUGUAAAUCUGCAUGAGUAUUUCUGCGAGAGAAAAGUCAAAGGAAGUGUUUUCAUAAAGGAGUUCCCAGCUUAAUAUUUAGGCAGAUAUGCUCCAGGCAAAGAACUAAGAAGUCACAAGUGGUGAAUGAUGUUAGUGUUCAAUACUGGGCUUGGAGAAAAGUGGGUGCUUCUCUCCCCCAUAUUUGUAUCUAACAAAAGAAGCCUGAAAUCCUCCAUUUGUUUUCCCAAACGGAUACUGAUAACACGUAGGGGUAAACCUUGGACAGUCAUGGGAAUUUUAAAUAAGAGAUAAUGCAAAAAAAAUCCCUUUCCUCUUCACAGGGUAAAAAUAGCAUGGUAUAGCAAAAAGAUGGAUGAGCCCUUAAGGAUCCAAUAAAACAUUGUUUGUACUAAAAGUAUUGUUGUGUUGGAAAGAUGUGAUUUGUAACUAUAGUCAGCUGAUGUGCCAAGCAAAAGCUCCCCCAUGAGACCUAGGGAUAUUGCUGACCGUAAUCUGGAACCAUGACCGUUACGUACAGGAAUGAUUUCAAGUUACAUAUAUGAUAAGGUUUUUCUAGAGCAUGUCCUGCAAGGAGGAGUACUAAUGGAUCUGCCUCACAGUCUGAACAUAGCUCACAUCACCUUGUCAUCUCAGUCCGAAAGAGAGAACAUGACAAUGGGGGUUAGAAAAGGUGCUGGUGAGGGUGCAGCUACACCUCCAGGCCAUUAGAAAGUGGAGGCAUCAGUUGGUAAGUAAUGCAGGUGAACUAACUCAUUCAGUAUAAAGCAGCUGAAUGUCCUUGGAGGGAACAAGGCCACCAUGUUAAAACAUAAUUUCUGUAAACUGUCUUGUUAGUAUCUAGUAUUUUUUUUAUAUUCCAAUACUGUGUCAAAACUAUUCCUUACUAGUAAGGAGCAACAUCAUCAUCUUUAUGUUUAGUUGCAUGGGGUUUUUUUAGCCAUAUACCUCAAUUCAGGGUCAUGAAUGUUAACUGUAUGUUGCUGUGCUUGAGCCUCUCAGAUUUGUGGGAUGACUUGGCUGUCAGGCCCACAGGCCAAGCCGUAACCUAAGCUGAUACUCGGGUGGGCUUCUUGCUGCAUAAUACUUUCACGCUGCUCUUCAGUUAAAGGUUUCUUUAAGUUCAUGAAUACUGGAAUCGAUAACGUUCCAUACACUGAACCAUUCUGCAUUUGGAAGAGUGUUGAAAUUGGGUUUUGCUGUGAGGAAUUUGUCUGUGUUACAAUUUCAGUUGUAAUAUUACUUUUAGAUAAAUCUUAAAUACUCUGCUUAUUUUGGCUGUAUUUGCAGAAAAAUGGAAGGGAUGCGCUGCAAGCAUUGCAGAAGAAGGUACCUUUGAAGUCCCAAUUUUGCUUUCACUUCAAGGGUUUUUUAUUAAGCAGUUUUGUACUUUAUGGAAUCAGGUAUUUUAGAGAUGAGUGCUUUUCCUCUGUGUGAGCUGUUUGAUUGUCUGUUAUCUUGUUCGAUUGUCUUACACAGUUCUGAGCUGUGCAGUGUCGGAGUAUCCAUUUUGCUUUGUCACGUCUUGCUCAUUCCUAGGACGAGAAACUGAAUUCUAGUUGUACCUGCACUUGCGGGCUAUUGCAGUAAUUGUCACAAAACCAGUCAUCAAAAUUAAAAUUAAAGCAAAUCUCAACUACU